CGACCCAUCGACCAGGCCUCUCCCAUUCACUGUCCACCAUUAUCUACAUAACCGGGCGAUUCACUCUGGCGGAGAAAUACGGUUCGAGCUCUCCGCUCAGUUCUCAGGUCCUCGCGCGGGCACCUUGUCCUCACCUCGAUAGGCGUAUUCGGACCGGACAGCGAACAAUAGAUAUUGACUCGAGGAGUCUUUGUUCAUCAUGGCGCAAACUCAGCCUCACCAGUUCCCUUCACAACCUUUCUCUCCUCCGGUGUCUACACCAUCGCCAGGCGCCGCUUCGCCAGUGAACGGGGGCGCUGUUCCACCUCCUCAGAAACGACAACGGCUCUCGCCCAUGCCUCAGUCGCAAUCUCCAUACGCCUCUCCGAGUUUUGGAACACUUCACCUUCCUCAGAACCCUGCCCCUAUGAUGAAUGGAACAAAUAUGAACGGCAUGACGCCGACACAGAUGCCUUCACAAGCACCGCCUCCAGUGGGCUCGAUGGGACCGCCUUCGCGGCCGGUCGAGAAGACGACGGAUGCCGCUGAGCUCACAGAUGUGAUAGCGUCGUCCGGUAUCGAUAUGAAAGAGGAAGAAGCCUUCCUUACUCAAGAAUAUGCGGCUCCCGGUGCGCAGGCGCAGCAGAGACCACAACCGCCGCCGCUGAAUAUGUCCUUUACCUCCCAGGCGUCCACGCCGGGUACGAUGACCCCGUCAGCCAGCUUCACCGAUCUCUCUCAACAGAAACCACCUAGUGCGCCGGACUCAUUCUAUGCUGGAGAGCCAGCAGCCCCGGUCCCUGCUCCGUUCAAGGAUCCCAAUGAACCGACGCGCGAAGACACACAGGCAGCUAGGCGGUCACAAUAUCACCUGCAGGAUCCUUUUCUGCUUACGAAAGUUCUAGAGCAGAGGCUGCAGAAGCGCGGUUUUGAAUUAGGUGUCCGUAUACCAGCAGAAGGGUUGUUUCAUCCCGUGCCUGGCCGGCCACAGCCAAUCGAAGUUACGGGACCCGACGGGUCGUCUAUUGUGCGUAAAGGCCAGACGAUUUUGAACCAGGAGGGCGCACCUCUGGUGGACAUCUUGACGCUCAUGUCCUUGUCAUGCGAAGAACGACUACGGACUGUGGUUGAUUACUCCGCGACGCUGGCAAGGAGCCGGCGUAACCAUUCCCACGGCAUAAUACCAACUGAAUGGAAGGAACUGGCUGUACCUGUUGGGGCGGACGAUGAGAACGCGGUCGGCCCGAAAGCUGCCUCUCUCAAACGUUCUCAUCCAGAAAGUACAGACACCGUUACUAACCCACUCGCGGAAAAAUACCGGAAGUUCAUGGAUAAGGAUGUGUCGGUUGAGGAGAUCCGUGCAUCCAAGCGGGCCAAGCGCAGUGCAAGCGCCAUCCUAGGAGAUAGUAGCAGAGCAGGUUCGGUGGAUGUUCUGGCCUCAGGAGCAGCUACACCCACGGGUGAAAAGACGCCAUCGUUUGAUAAGAAGGGAUUAACCAAGAAAGAAGCGAAGAAGCAGUUGGAUGCUCGAGCUAGCGAAGCUCAACAGCACCAACAGUCCAUUGAAACUGCCCGAAUGGCUACCAACAACAUGCUGUCGGGUAACCCCUUUGGCAGAAAGAAGACAUAUUCAUGGCUCAACAAAGGCCCAUCUGCGGGCAGCGGGUUUUCUACUCCACGGACGCAGCCAGCAACGCCUGGCGCUGGGGGCGACAAGGGCAGCCGGUCCGGUGAUACGGGCGCAGCGACUGCCACCAAGCGGCUUGGGGACUGGCGGGAAGACAAGGAAAAAGGCGCAGGUAUCCAAGUGCGGGAUAUCCUGUUCAUGCUGGAACUGGACGGGCGAGGUACGCGGCACGUCCAAAAGGCCUACUCAAAGGAUGUCAAAGAGGAUCGACUCGAGUAAUCGAUCCAGCAGGAUUUUAAUAUAUUUCUUUUACCUGGAUUUUAUGUGUUGUCUCUGAGAGGCAGCGGCGCUCAAGAGUGCCGCUUGCUGAAUUUCGCAUGGCUGCUGCGUGGGAUCAUGGUUUGAGGCGUUGCGGCAGACUGUUUGUCAGGGACCAUCAUCUUUGUUCUUCCUUAUGGUCUGUAUAUUUUCCACGGCGGUCGGCGCCCAGUUUCUUCGUGCGGAAUCUCUUUUACUUUUUUUUUGAGUAUGGCGAGAAGAUCCCUCCGGAUGGAUGUCGGUCAGCGCAGCCCAGGAGAUCCUGGUUCUGCUGCCAUUUGAGGGGUUUUCGGGUCGACAUUAUGAGUCGAUGAUACGAGUUACACUGCGCUUCCUGUAGCGAAACAGGUAUACCCUACUCUACGGUCUACGGAAUAUCUACUAGCUAUGACUAUUGGUAGUCCGAUAAUUGGAGAGCAUAUCGACAUCA